AUGGAAAGUAAACGAUUUAUAAUCCGACAAAUCAUUGGAGAAGGAGCAUCAAGCACGGUUUAUAGAGCUUUUGAUACAGUGAACAACACACAUGUUGCAAUCAAGGUCUUUUCAAAUAGAAAAAAGCGUAAUAGAGAAUCACAAAGAAAUUAG